AUGAGGGGAGACACUCCACAAAGAGGCAUGAAGACCACAUGUCUGUGGGCCGCCGCCGCGCUGCUGUCAGUCGUCUCCCUGGUUACCAGUGCCAAUUCCCCAAGUUCAGGAAAUUCGAACUUAAGGGAGAGUUCAAAAUCCAAAGUGAAGACCUACUGGACCGAAAGCAGCAAGGCCUUCUCAAUCAGCCGUCUGCUGUCCCAGACACUCUAUGGCAAAGACAACUUCACCUCUCUGGACCUGAACUAUGAUGAGGCAGACUCCUUCUCUAAACAGGAGCAGUGGAACUGGCUUUACAACGCUUCAAACCCCCGCGACCCUCGAUCCAGGACAAAAAGGAGGCCCAUCGUCAAGACCGGCAAGUUCAAGAAGAUGUUCGGUUGGGGCGACUUUCAUUCUAACAUCAAGACUGUGAAGCUCAACCUUCUGAUCACUGGUAAAAUCGUUGAUCACGGUAACGGGACAUUCAGCGUCUACUUCCGCCAUAACUCGACCGGUCAGGGCAACGUGUCUGUGGGACUUGUUCCUCCGACCAAGGCUGUGGAGUUCCAGGUCCACCAGCAGCACCAGCAGUACCACCACCAUCACCACCAGCAGCAGCAGCAGACGGCUCUUGAGACCAAGGACACCAAGCUGUUCAACUGCAGGGUGGAGUACGAGAAGGUGGAGAAGGGCACCAGGAACUCACUGUGUGCCCACGACCCCUCGCAGAGCUGCCCGCAGGAGCAGACCCAGAGCCACGUGUCCUGGCUGUGCUCCAAGCCCUUCAAAGUCAUCUGCAUCUUCAUCACCUUCUACAGCACCGACUACAAGCUGGUGCAGAAGGUGUGUCCAGACUACAACUACCACAGUGACACCCCCUACCUCCCCACUGGGUGA